AUACUGUUAAAAUAAGUAAAGUUUGAUUGUUUAUUUGUUUGGUGUUUCUUCUUGUUUAUUAACAAAUUUGCAACAUUGGAGCUUUGGCUUUUUAAACAAUCUGCAAGCCAUUUACUUUCACUUCUCAACUCUGGCCACAAGAGUGUGCUGCACCAUUAGAAAAUGUAUUGAUAAGGAAAGUGGUUCAGCUGUUGAACAAGAUUCCAGUAGUGCAUUUCUGUGCCGGAAGCUUUGUCUGUCUACGUGCCUUUCUCCUCGUACCACCUCUCAUCCAGCCUACAUCAGCUGGUUCUGUCGACAAACUUCUACCACUUCUGAUCAGCAAAAGGUAUUUCACCAACUUGAAAAUGAAUGCAUUUUUCCAGAUGCUGAGAAAGAAAAAGGAGCUGAUACCACUGAUUGGCUUUAUGGCUUUUGCUGCAACAGGAGCCACCACUGCCGCACUCUAUUUUCUAUUUACUAAACCUGAUGUUAUUUUGAAUAAGACACGUAACCCCGAGCCAUGGGAAAGGCUCGACCCAUCAAAAUCCCAAAAGCUCAUCACCAUCAAUCAGCAAUGGAAACCAGUGGAGGAACUGGAGCUGGUGAGGAAAAUCACCAAGUAAAAUGGCGGGAACCUGCUUCGAAUUUUGUCAACCUGCCAGCCCCCCCAUCAGUCUAGCAGAAUUAUUUCUGCACAAACUAGGACGCUUUGACACUCUGUGUGCGUAAAUGCUUCUGCUCCUCUGGUGGGGUUUCACUCUGUAGUGACCACGGAAAGAUAGCCGCAACGGCAAUACCCUGCAAUCAGGUCAAAUUAGGGAAAUCGAACAGGCUUCUAUGAUAAAAAUGAGACAUUUUCAUAUCUCUGGGGUUUUAUUUCAUAGUAUAGUUGAUGGUCAUGGCAAACCAGAUUUUUUUCAAAGUGUAUUUGAAUGUAUGUUUACUAAAUAAAUUUAAAGAAAUAAAAUGCAAAUGACGGACUGUACAAUCUCAAAGUA